CGUUUGUGUACUGCGUGACGUGAGUCGGCUCGGCUGGCAAUUCUUUUCCUUGUCAAUAAUGGAAGAAUGUGCUGUUUCUGAGUGCAAUGCUGUGUCUUCCGCCAUCAGUAUUAAUUGUCAAGCUGUGUCACAUCAGCUUUAAGAAGCUUGGAAGAGCUCCGUUUACUACUGGCUUCCUCCUUCAGGGUGAGACAGUGAAAGCAGAAAUGAUGCAGCAUGAAACUCUGUUACUUAAAGAUGAAAGGUGGCGCUCGAUUCCAUGUUGCCGCUCUGAGCUUUGCCUGGACAUUGUACUUAAUUGUGGCCAGUCUUUCAGGUGGCAUGAGACGAGCAAGGGUCACUGGACAGGUGUGAUUGCCAGCCAGGUAUGGACACUAACCCAGACAGAAGAUCGACUGUGGUACCGUACAUAUAGAGAAUUAGACGGUCCAGGCAAAAAUCUUUACCCAAAGGAUGGAAAUGUCAGUAUGACUGUACAUCUCAAAGCUAAGCUGGGGAAAAGGAAGAGGACGUUGGAAUUACAGGAGAAGGUGUCAGAAGCCAAACAUGAGCCCAUUGAAACACUAGUGACUACUUGUGACCAAGACAGUAACACAGGGGAUGAUGGACAGAGCAUGAAGGACAAAGACAUUUUGAUGGAUUACUUCCAGUUGCAUGUUGGAAUGGAGGAGCUAUAUGAACAAUGGAGUCAGACAGACUCUUUCUUCAAAAAAGCUGCAACAAAGUUUCCAGGAGUGCGAGUACUGCGUCAAGACCCCCGAGAAUGUCUGUUUUCAUUGAUUUGUACCUCUAACAACCACAUUACACGUAUCAGCGGCAUGGUGGAAAGGUUGUGUCAGAACUUUGGACCUUUACUAUGCACAUUGGACAUGAAACACUACCACGACUUUCCAUCACUUCAAGCUCUAGCAGCUCCGGACGUAGAAGCCCGUCUGAAGGAACUAAAAUUUGGGUAUAGGGCUCGUUAUAUUCAGCAAGCAGCUCAACAGAUCCUAGAGAAAUAUGGUCCUCACUGGUUGGAUUCCUUACGUCAUGUUACAUAUGAAGAGGCUAAAAAAGCACUCCGCACACUGCCUGGAGUCGGUGACAAGGUGGCAGACUGUGUGUGUCUGAUGGCACUAGAUAAAACGGAUGCUGUCCCAGUAGACACUCAUGUAUGGCAAAUGGCAUCCCAGAACUAUCUGCCUCAGUUAGGCAAGGAGUCCAAGACUCUGACACCCAAGGUCUACCGUGAAAUUGGAGAUACCUUCAGGAAUCGGUUUGGCACCUAUGCUGGCUGGGCACAAUCUGUUCUCUUCUGUUCUGAUCUGAAGAGGUUCAAGGGGGUGCAAGAAAAGCCAAGGUUGAAAACGGAGAAGCAGAAGGGUGAUGGGAAGGGCAAUCUGAAGUAUUUGGUUAAACAAGAGCCUCACUAACAACAGUAAGGACUUGUGGGACAGACAAGGCUUGAAUGUACUGUAUGUCCAGAAUGUUUCCUGCUGAAUGAGGACGUUGGCCCAGCACCAAAUGUCUGCUAUACAACAGACUCUGAAGUGUGAAAUUCAUUCACGUUGUCCUUGUACUAUCCAACCUGCUGCUAUGAUUGGAGGGAGGUAUUUAAUCUGCUUCACUUUUAUGAAAUGAAAAAAAUAAGAUUUGUUUGUAGUUUUUAAUUCUUUCAAACUGCCCAGGGUUUAUUCAUUAGUAAAAGAGAUAUGAAAUCUGAGGUAUAUUGUCACUGAAAGACUUUCCAAGACAGCAUCACACACAGUGUUUAUUGGUGUGACUAUAUGGACCUCAUGUUGUAAACACUUAAUGCAAUAAUGAGUGAUUCUGUGGUUUUGGUUUUUAUUGGUGUAUAUAAUUUUGUAACAUAUGCUCACAAAGCAUUUAGUAUUCUUCAUUCAGCUCAUAAUACCAGAGUGAACAAAUUACAUCAAGUUUUGAUACUUAGAUAUUAUUUUGAUAUACUGUACAAAAUUGAAGAUCAUGUGAAGAUGUAAAUUAUUAUCCGUUACUAAUUUAGUAACUAUGAAGGAUGAUCAGAAUUUUUU